AACCGAGGAGGCAUCCCCACCAACAACGCGCAAGCAGCGAGCACCGUCCCCAACCUCUCGCCUUCCCAGACGUGGCAGGAACCGACGGCGCGGAGGCUGGACCGGCGGCGGCGAUGAUGGCGCGGAAGGAGGACCACCACCACCGCCACCACCUGCGCGCGCUGGCGGCGCGGGCGGUCACGGACUCGCUCCGCGCGGCCGCGCCGCGCGCCGCCACGCCCGCCGAGCGCGCCGCGCGCUUCGAGGACUGCGUGCGGAGCCUCGAGGCCGAGAAGGCCAAGAUGGAGGUCUUCAGCCGGGAGCUCCCCAUCAGCGUCCAGCUCGUCGCCGACGUGAUCGAGUGGCUCAAGGAGGAGCUCGCGCAGCACCGCCGCCCGGCCCCGGCCCCGGCGCCGGAGCUCUUCGCGCCGGUCGCCCCGGCGGCGGCGAAGAGGAAGGCGGCGCCGGAGGGGGCAGCCGUCAAGGCGGAGGCCGACGCCAACGACAAGCGGAGCUGGAUGAGCUCCGCGCAGCUCUGGAGCUGCGGCAGCCACGACGGCAGCACCGCCGGCACCAAUGGCGCUGCCGCCGCCGCCAAGCCCGCCCGCAAGGUGUCGGGCGCGUUCAUGCCACCGGCGUUGGCGAGCUCACCGGACGACGCGGCGGAGAAGCCCGCGGCGUUGCCGGUCCCGGACCUGACCCUCUCGUCCCCGGCGAUGGACGCCGCCUGCACGGCCGCCCCGAGCGCCACCUGCAGCGCCGUCACGGACGGGGGCGCCGCGGCGCAGCGCCUGCUGCGCCAGCGCCAGCACCAGCAGCAGCAGCAGCAGCAGAGGAAGGGCCGGCGGUGCUGGUCGCCCGAGCUCCACCGCCGGUUCGUCGCCGCGCUCCAGCGGCUCGGCGGCGCGCAAGUUGCCACGCCGAAGCAGAUCAGGGAGCUGAUGAAGGUGGACGGGCUGACGAACGACGAGGUGAAGAGCCACCUGCAGAAGUACCGGCUGCACACGCGGCGGGCGUCGCCGUCGUCGGACGGUGGCGACCUCCAGGCAUCGGCGGGUCUGUGGGCCGCGCCGGAGCAGCAGUACACGGCGUCACAGCACAGCACGUCGCAGUCGGGGUCGCCCCAGGGCCCCCUGCAGCUGACGGUGUCGAGCCGGGCCUUGUCGGCGACAGCCGGGGACAGCUGCGACGGCGACGAGGUGGAGGGCGGCGGGUCCGAGAGCUACGGCUUCGGUGCGCAGCACGGGACGACGAAGGCCUCGUCGUCCUGAAAAUCCUGCCUGAUCCUUCCUUGUGACAGGCUGACAGCAGCAGUAUAGAAGACGAAGAAGAUGGACUGCAGAUGAGAGGCAUUUUGUGUACAGUCGUUGAGAGGAUUCUUUUCUUUUUUUGCAGAUGAACUGAUGCGAGUGAUUUGUCGAGUGUUGUUUGUAGGUGUGAGAUAUGAGAUGAGAUGCUGUUUUUGAAAUUAAAGAGAUGAGACGCUGUUACAUUACAUUGCAGAAAUCUUCAGGUUGAGUCGAA